ACCGAGCGCAAUGUCUCCAACGACAUCCACUACCAAGAUGACGAGCAGACGAGCAAACCAACGGCGAAGCAAACGAACCUCUGAGACCUCGAGCCGCCGCCGAUGCAAGGACACAACAAAGCAUCCGAUCUCUAAAUGAGCACGUCGGUAUUGCACACUCAUGCGGGCUCCCGUAUCCAGGCUCGCAGGAUGCCAGCGGUGGCAUUGAAAAAGGCUACAGAUGAGCCUACAAUAUCUUUUGCAUGCGAUGUGAUUAUUGAGCUGCAAGGAAUCGCACGAGAACUUUCAAAGGAGUCAGGAACAAAGGCCUUCUGCAGUCUGUUCUCGGCUGCACUGGAGAAUGUGCAAGACUAUCUCACACUUGAUGACAGUCCAAGAAAUGUUUCCAAGUUGCUGGAUAAUCUGGAAAGACUAUGCCAAUGGCCGACCUCUGCUAAGCCUAGGACCAGCUAUAUAACCAGAACCGACCAUGCACGAUAUCCUGCCCUAAAACGAUUGAUGGAGAAGAGGCCAAUGGUGAAGAGGGGCAUUAAAGAUUUCGCAUCAGAUCCUCGUUCGAAGAAAGACCGGCAGUCUAUACUCAAGUUCUUGAAUGGGUUCGGAAGGUCCAAGAAGGAUUUACUCGUGGACGUUGCCGACCUGGAACCAACGGAUACAUCGCGAGAGCAGCAGGACUACCAGGCGUAUAUUCGAGAGCUGUACAAUACCCUCGCUACGCGCUGCUUGUGUACACGGGGUGGUGGCCGCAAGGAGAUAUCUGCCAACCUGCGCUUGAACGGAUGCUGUUCUCCCGGAGAGCUGGCUGAUAGCGUCAAUUUUAGACUGUUCUUUCUGGACCAUCCUCACCAUCAUGGAUUGGGAGAUACAUGCCAAUGGCAAGAUACGCAAAUAUGCGUCUCGCGAAAGAAACACAUCAAGAUGGUGGGCGAUGUCGAGGAUCACAUUGAACUUUCCAGCACCUUGGUAUCGGUGGAUACAUUUUGCAAAAUCAUCACCAACCGCAACAGAUCACAAUUGGCACGUAAAAUCUUUCCCUUCAUUCUUCUAUCCCUGCAGAGAGUUUGGAAAUCUCGGCAAUCCCGCCCUCGUCGAUAGGGGAGAUGAAGAGACGGGAGUCAAGCUCCGUUAAGAAUCUGCGAGCUGGCACUAUACCUAAGUGCGCAGCUUGAUCUGGGAGAUUCUAAUGCUGGCUGUUUGCCCGACCUGCUUCAAUAU